AAAAUAAGAGCCCCUAUCAAACGAAAAAGAGGACAUGGACGUCGCGGAGAAACCGUGGCUCCCUAGUCGCGCAUGGAAGUGGGUCCGCCUCAAGAGACCUUCGUUGGCCGCAAGCCUCCUAGCUGCCGCUUCAAUCGUCUUCCUCUCCCUCCUCCAGCGUAACUCCACUCCCGCAGGCGCCCCCUACUCUCCGCCGACGACCACCGUCGCCGCCUACAGUGCCAGCCUUCCGGCCAAUCGAAGCUGCGCUGGAUUCUACGACGCAGGGCCACCGAGGAAGGCAGUUUUCUCGAUAAAGGAAUUCGGCGGGAUCGGUGACGGCCGAACAUCUAAUACGGCGGCGUUCCGGCGGGCGGUGGAGAGGUGCAGGGAGUUUGGGGACAAGGGUGGGGCCCAGCUAAACGUGCCGCCUGGCAGAUGGCUCACGGGAAGCUUUAAUUUGUCAAGCAAUUUCACGCUUUUCUUGGAUGAUGGGGCCGUAAUCUUGGGAUCAGAGGAUCCUAAGGAGUGGCCACUGAUAGAGCCUUUGCCUUCAUAUGGGCGUGGAAGGGAGAGACCGGGUGGAAGACAUAUUAGCCUCAUCCAUGGCAAUGGCCUCCAUGAUGUUGUUUUAACAGGACAUAAUGGUAGUAUUGAUGGACAAGGGAAGAUAUGGUGGGAUUUAUGGUGGAACAGAACUUUAGAACACACAAGAGGCCACCUUGUUGAAUUAGUGAACUCGACAAACAUUCUAAUAUCAAAUCUUACAUUCCUUAAUGCUCCAUUUUGGACAAUCCACCCUGUGUAUUGCAGCAAUGCGGUGAUAAAGAACCUUACUGUUUUGGCUCCUCUUCACUCUCCCAAUACUGAUGGAAUUGAUCCAGAUUCAAGCACAAAUAUUUGCAUAGAAGACUGUUACAUUGAGAGUGGCGAUGAUUUAGUUGCUGUGAAGAGUGGUUGGGAUCAAUAUGGGGUUGCAGUUGCUCGUCCUAGCUCGAACAUCAUCAUUCAAAGGAUUUCUGGAACAACCCCAACUUGCUCAGGCGUAGGAAUAGGAAGUGAAAUGUCUGGGGGGAUAUCUAACAUUCUAGUUGAUGAUCUGCAUGUCUGGGACUCUGCGGCCGCGGUGAGAAUAAAAACCGACAGAGGUCGAGGAGGAUACAUCACAAAUGUUACCAUAACCAAUGUGAAGAUGGAGAGAGUCAAGGUUCCUAUAAGAUUUAGUCAGGGAUCAGAUGACCAUCCUGAUGAGGGUUGGGAUCGUAAUGCCCUUCCCCAAGUUAAUAUCAUUCAUGUCAGUAAUGUUACCAGCAUCGACGCAGAGAAAGCUCCCAUUCUUGAAGGCAUCGAAGGCGCUAAGUUUGAGGGGCUAUGUUUGAGAAAUAUUAACUUGGGUACCAUUCGCCAUGAAACAAAAUGGCGCUGUGAGCAUAUCGAUGGUGAAGCUUAUAAUGUGUUCCCACCGCCAUGCCCGCAGCUUAGAAGCAAUGCAACUUCAUCCAAAUGCUUGCACUAAAAUCUUAAAUUCAUUCUGUAUAUUCUAUUGUAUGUUCUCCUACUUCAAUAUAGAAAAAGUUAGUGUAGUAGUAGUAUUUAUCAUGUAUGCAAAAGCUAAAUUAGUCAGCAGAUUGGUGGUUGGCGUUCAUAUAUUUCAUAGGUUUAUACUGAAAAAUGAUACCAGAUUUUGAAUGAAACAUUGAUUCUUAUUUCAAAAUAUAUCACAAUUUAUUAUUACAGUGUAUUUAUUCCC